AUGUCUGCAUCACGAAAGAAAUUGUCUGGUGCUGCUUUCCGAAAGAAAAGAAGGCUCCAAGAAGAAGACACUUCUAAGAUGGCUGGAUCAUUAAAUAGGUUCUUUAAACCUGAUCCAGUACUAAAAGCUGUAAGCGAGACUAAAGAGAAUCGUGAAGCUGUAGAUGUCGAACCACACCCUUCUACUUCAACUACUACUGUGGGCGAACAUUCUUUGGGCAUAGAAAGUGAUACAAACACCGGGGAAGAGAGUUCACAUAAAUCAUCAUCAUCAGCAUCAGAAGAUGAAAAUGGAAAAAGCACGCUGGUAGACCUCUUUGAUCCAGCUGACUGGCCUGAAAUGCUUACUAGCUCACUAAAAGAAACCAUCGUUCUGAAAGGUCCGGCAAAGCCAAAAGAGCACUUUGCAUUUCCUAAAGAUGCAUCCAAGAGACGGUUUACAUCAACCUACUAUAGACGGCGCCUUGGAAAUGGUGAAGUGCAUGUUAGAAAGUGGCUUAGUUAUUCUCCUAGACCGGACAAAAUAUUUUGCUUUUGUUGUAAACUCUUUACAACUACAAAAAUGAGCCUGACAACGGGAGGCUACAAUGAUUGGAAAAAUUUGUCCCAGUGUCUGGCUACACAUGAAGUGUCUCCAUCUCACCUCACUGCUAUGGGAAACUGGACAGAACUGUUAACAAGGCUUGGGUCUGGAAGUACUAUUGACCAUUCAUACCAAAGAUUAUUUGCAACUGAAACGCAGCACUGGCAGAAUGUUCUUCAGCGGCUUGUAGCCAUUGUUCAAUAUCUUGGGAAGCAGUGCUUGGCCUUCAAGGGCAGCAGUGACACGCUGUACUCUGAAAAUAAUGGAAAUUACUUGAAACUUGUAGAAAUGAUGGCAACAUUUGAUAGUGUGAUGCAAAGCCACUUGAAAAAGAUACAGAAUUCAGAAAUUCAUCAGCAUUAUUUAGGAAAAGACAUCCAAAAUGAACUAAUUGGUUUAAUUUCAAAAGAAAUACGGAGACGCAUUCUACGGUUGCUUAAGGAUGCCAAGUACUAUUCCAUUAUACUUGACUGCACCCCUGACAUCACCCUUGUUGAACAGAUGACUAUGGUUUUCAGGUUUGUAUCUGUUAAACAAGGAGACUCGCCAACUGCAAAUCCUGAAAUACACAUUGAGGAAAGAUUUGUUGGUUUCCUGCCAGUUCACAACUCAUCUGGAGAAGGAUUAACAGAGGCAAUUUUGAAUGAGCUUGAAAUGCUGAAGAUACCACUCAGUGAUAUGAGAGGUCAAGGGUAUGAUGAUGGCUCCAACAUGAAGGGAAAGCACUCAGGAGUACAAAAAAAGAAUCAUGGACCUGAACUCACGUGCUUUCUAUGUCCCCUGCAGUGUUCAUUCCUUAAAUCUUGUAGUAAAUAAUGCUGCUAUGUGCUGUAGGGAUGCCAGUACAUUUUUUGGCAUUCUUCAGAAAAUAUAUGUUUUUUUAUCAGGUUCAACAAAUCGAUGGGAUGUUCUAAAAAAGCAUGUGAGUAAGCUGACAGUUAAGCCGCUAUCUGAUACUAGAUGGUCAAGCAGAAUUGAUGCUAUUCGGCCAUUUAGGUUCCAUGUUGGAGAAGUGUAUGACACCUUAAUUGAAAUCGGAGGUGAUAUGAAUUUUGCUGCUCUUGCAAGAAUCGAGGCUUCAUCCUUGGCAAAAGAGUUAAACAAGUUUAAAUUCUUGUGUUUAAUCAUCCUUUGGUUUAACAUACUAAGUCGAAUUAAUUCUGUCAGCAAAGUUCUUCAAAGCCAGUCAAUUUACUUACCAGAUGUUGUGGAACUUUUGGAAUCAAUAAAGACAAUUAUUCAAUCUUAUCGGACAGGUGAUGGUUUUGAGGAUUUACUUAAAGAAGCAGGAGAGCUAGCAGUGAAAAUGGAAAUAGACCCAGUGUUCCCCCUCAAGUACAUCAGACGAGGAAAAAAAAAGGUUGUUUUUGUAUGA